AUGUUACAUUUCGGAUGCCUUGUCUGGGACAUUUCGGGCCCUCUGAAAUCUGGGGAUGCCCGUAGUGUCACCACAUUGCGCUUCCUCGUGCCGAAGGAUUUGCCUGACUGCCCCCGCGCUUUCAAACGCCUCGCGGACGAGCGUCACCCCCGCCUCCGCCGCACGCUGCCCGAAGCUGUCUUCGACCAACUUAGUCGAGAACGCGAGGCAGGCGCCCUCCACCAGUACACUACUACCGAACUCUGCGCUGUCGUCCGGCACGUCUCCACACUCCUGCUGCCUUCCACCGCACUCCCGACCAUCAACUGGGACACAGUCGAACAGGCUAAACUCGCAGCACACGACGAUUGCCAGCACUUCCGAGCGCAACGCGAUCAAGCUAACGCUAGACAGAAUGCACACGCCAGUGCUUCUUCCAGCCGACCUCUAGCCGAUCGCCUCACCGCCACUCCCACCUACACGCCCAUUGCCCCAAAACCCGUCACCAUCAACUUCGCUCGAUACUUAGCCGCCGACCUCGCUCGCAUCUUCGCACCGAAGUUUGCAGCCACCCUCAAACGCUUCAACGUCCUUGAAACGCUAGACUGCCCCAACGUCCUAGCCAACGACAUCAGUGUCGUCUUCAAGCUUCAUGAUCGACUCGCCCACCUCGACUGCACUCUCAAAGACGUGUCCCGUGUCAUCAGCAUCGAGGAGUGGAACCAUUGGGACUCAGGGUUAAAACAGAUCGGAGGGAUCUCAUUCAAAGGACUGUGGUGCAACUGA